AUGUUUUUCAAAACUUUGAUCUUUGCCGCUUUAUUGGCCGGCAUUAACUGUAGAUACAUUCUAAUUGACGAAGAUUAUUUGCCUGAAUUAAUUGAACAUUCGAGGGUAAGGAGACAAGUGCAGGUGGGAGCUGGUCUUGAUAAUAAGGGGAACUGGGACUUGGCAGGGAAAGUGCCGCUUGCGAAGUCUGACACUAACAUUCUCAGUGCAACUGGUAUGGCUACGAUGGAUCCUAGCAACAAGCUGACCUCGUAUGGAGCUGGUGUGGCUUUGGAUAAUAUAAAUGGCCACGGUCUCAGCCUGUCUGGCAGACAGAUCCCAGACUUCGGGAAGCAAUUGACAGCUGCAGCCAACUUGAAUGUUCUCAAUACACCUGACCACAAUUUGAACGCAAAUGCGUUUGUUACAAAGAACAUGCCAAGUAUACCGAAUGUACCCAACUUCAACACCUACGGCGCAGGCGCGGAUUACAUGUACAAGAACACACUCGGAGCUUCACUAGGCGCAGCACGCACUGAUUUCCUUCAAAAGACUGAUGUAUCUGCGAUGGGAAAACUAAAUCUCUUCAAGACGCCUAGCUCUUCACUCGAUUUCGGCGCAGGUGCAACGCGAUCCUUUUCUCCCUUCAUACCAAAGAGUAGCUGGGAACCGGCGUUUAAGUUUAACUUUAUGAAAUCAUUUUAA